UAGGAACAAAAAACGAAUGAAUGAGGCAGCCAGCUAUUUAACAACUAAGCAAAAAAAACAACCACCUCUCUGAAAUCCCACCUCUACGCCUCUCUUCCCAUUUCUUCCUUUUUUCCCCCCAGCCGCAGUAUAUAAACCAAUCACAAGCCGAUCCCUCAGAAACACAAAACAGAUAAUAACACCAUGGCCAGCUUUCCUCGAGAAAACAUGCUGCUGCUGAGUCUACUUUUUCUUUCCCUGGCAGCAGGGGUUUCUUCUUCGCGUAACAGGCCGUACACUCCCCCAAACGUUAGGCGGCUGACUGAUCUCUUUGGCCGCCUCACAAUCAACCAGGGUUUCAACACUUACUACGGCGGCCAGAACAUUAAGCAGUUCAACAAUGGGUCCUUUGCCACUCUUUCUCUCGACAAAACUUCAGGGGCUGGAUUGGCAUCGAAGAACAAAUACUACUAUGGAUUCUUCAGUGCUGCAAUCAAACUGCCUUCUGGUCUUUCCCCUGGAGUUGUGGUGGCCUUCUAUUUGUCUAAUGCAGAAACUUACCCUAACAACCACGACGAGAUCGACAUCGAGAUCCUUGGACACGACAAGAGGAACGACUGGAACUUGCAGACGAAUGUGUACGCAAAUGGGAGUGUCAACACUGGCAGGGAAGAGAAAUUCAACUUCUGGUUCGACCCAACUCAGGACUACCACAAUUACACCAUCAUUUGGAACAGCCACCACAUAGUGUUUCUGGUGGAUAGUGUACCGGUGAGAGAGUUCCAGUACAGCAGCGCAUACCCAUCGGUCUACCCAUCAAAACCCAUGAAUGUCUAUGCAACAAUAUGGGAUGGGUCAGAAUGGGCAACACAUGGAGGGAAAUACCCAGUUAACUACAGCUAUGCGCCAUUUGUGGUUUCAAUUGGUGAUGCAGAACUGACUGGCUGCAUACCAAAUCCAACUUCCUGUGCCAAAAAGGCUGCUGGCACCGGCAAUUCUUCGAGCUUGGACCCUGUCGAUGGAUCGGAAUUCGUCAGUUUGUCGAAGGAGCAGAGUCUGGCUAUGGACUGGGCGAGGAGGAAGCUCAUGUUUUACUCUUACUGUGCUGAUAAGUCUAGGUACAAGGUCCAACCGCCUGAAUGUAAAUAAAUUACACGCAAGACAUUCUCCCAGAAAACAUGGGUUGUUUUAAUCUUACACAUAGCUGAAACCAUUGAAUUGUUUACUGUACAACCAACCAACCAACCAACCCCAUGGGUGAGAUUUGAUUAAUAAAAGUGACAGGAAGUUGUUUCAUUUGUUUAA